AUGUUCGAUUUUCGUUCCUCCUUCGCUUUUUGGCGUGCCGUUAUUCCGCUGAUCGUCCUUGGCUCCGCUCCUACCGCCCAAUCAGCACUCGCUGCAGCUCCACCGCAGGCAGAACAAGACUUUGGCCUACUUUGGCCUACUUUGGCCUACUUUGGCCUUACCGAAACUUGGAUAGUGAGUACGGAGUACUUGGUCCCAAACGGGAGUACCUCGGAGGGUGCUAUAGUACCUGCCCCCCUCUCAUCACUGCCAGAUAUCGUUCCUUGGGCUGCAGUACUACUGAUCUCCUUUCUCCCCACCUCGUCCGUAGUGACAGUCAUCAGUCAUAGAACCACAUUCCGCCGGGAGCGGCCGUCGGUAUCACUGUGGAUGCGGCUUGUUUUUGGGUCGAUUUCAUGGCGCGAAAGUCAGAAACCAGCCAAAAGUAAGAAAAUCGACGAAUCUGCGAUGAUUGGUGUUUGCAGCUUUCUCAAGCUGGGCGGUAUGGGGAAAGCGUAUCUUCAUCCGCUCUUUCAGGGGGGCGCGCGCUAUGCAAUGUCGAUCGAGCCUCAACAGGCGAGAAUGACGCCAUAUCACUGGCUCUCCUCCUUCACGCGGACAAAGGAAGCCACUUCCCCGUGCCACUCACAAGCGAUACACCAGAACGGACAAUAA